AAAUCUUCUCCACCUUCUCCAUCCUCUCUUCUGGUGUAUAGUAUUGAGAUGCAAAGCUCUUGAUUCUGAAGACGGAGGUGCCGUUGGCAACACCGAUCUUGGAUCGAAGAGUGGAGAACCUAGCUGUUGAGAGAGAUUUGGUGAGACCAUCGGCCAGUUGAUCAUGAGAGGAGAUAUGGGAGACAUGCAAAAGCCGUUUAUCAACCAAGUCUCGCACGAAAUGAAGAUCAAUGGCAAUGUGCUUCAUGCGAGAGUGCAUGACGGGAUUCAAGCUCAGGUAGGUAGCACCCACAUUAUCACAGAAAAUGGCAGGGGAAGCCGGAGGAGAAACACCCAAUUCGGAGAGCAAGUGACUGAUCCAGAUCACUUCAGAAGCAGUAGCUGCGAGCGCCCUGUACUCAGCCUCGGUAGAACUUCUAGCAACUGCUUUCUGUUUGGCAGCGCGCCAGGAAAUGGGAUUGGAACCCAGAAAAACCAAAUAGCCAGUGGUGCUGACAAAUGAGCUGCGAUCACCGGCCCAGUCGGCGUCCGAAAAAGCAUGGA